AUGCUGAUGGUGCUAGUGACCGCCAGUGCCGGACAAAGCCAGGAUGCUGGGUCCUCCUGCUACGGUGGAUUUGACCUCUACUUCGUCCUAGACAAAUCUGGCAGUGUUCAGCACCACUGGACUGAAAUAUACUACUUUGUCAACCAUCUGGCGCAUAGAUUCAUAAGUCCACAGCUGCGUAUGUCCUUCAUCGUGUUUUCCACCAAGGGCAGGGUCCUCAUGGAGCUGACAGAUGACAGGGAAAAGAUUCGCGUAAAGCUACAUGAGCUCCAGAUGGUGCAGCCAGGAGGAGACACCUUCAUGGACAAGGGUUUACAGAAGGCCAGUGAGCAGAUAUACUAUGGAAACACAGAUGCAUACCGCACAGCAAGUGUCAUCAUUGCUUUGACAGACGGAGAGCUUCGCGUGGAUCAGUUCGACCUGGCAGAGAGAGAGGCCAGCCGUGCACGCCAGCUGGGGGCCAUCGUUUACUGCGUUGGAGUAAAGGACUUCAACGAAACGCAGCUCGCGACAAUCGCAGACAGCCAAGAUCAUGUGUUUCCUGUGAAUGAUGGCUUUGAGGCCCUCCAAGGGAUCAUCGAUUCGAUCAUGAAGAGGUCCUGCAUUGAGAUCUUGGCAGCAGAGCCUUCCUCCAUCUGUGCAGGAGAGUCCUUCCAGGUGGUGGUGAGGGGAAAUGGCUUUCUCCAUGCUCGCAGUGCAGACCUGGUCCUCUGCAGCUUCCGCAUAAAUGACUCCCUGACUUUGAUGGAGAGGCCGUUGGUGGUGAAGGACACCUACCUGCUUUGUCCAGCCCCUGUCAUGCAGGAAGUGGGAACGUCAGCCACCCUCCACGUCAGCUUGAACAACGGCCUGAGCUUUAUAUCCAGCUCAGUCACCAUCACCACCACCGGCUGUUCUGACGGGACGAUCCUGGCUGUAGCCCUGCUGGUCCUCCUGCUCCUGCUGGUCCUGGCCGUGCUCUGGUGGUUCUGGCCUCUAUGCUGCACUGUGAUCAUCCGUGAGCCUCCUCCCCCAGUGAUAGAGGACAGUUCGGAUGAGGAGGAAGAUGGGAUGCCCAAAAAGAAAUGGCCAACAGUGGAUGCCUCCUACUAUGGGGGCAGAGGUGUGGGUGGGAUUAAAAGAAUGGAGGUGCGUUGGGGGGAUAAGGGCUCCACUGACGAGGGGUCGAAACUGGAGAAGGCACGGAAUGCUCAGGUGAAGAUGCCGGAGCAGGAGUAUGAGAUGCCCCCAGUCCGUACCCUCAACAACGGCAUGCGUAAGCCACUGCAGCCUCGGAAAUGGUACUCCCCGAUCAAGGGUAAGCUGGAUGCACUGUGGGUUUUGGCGAGGAAAGGUUAUGACCGCGUGUCUGUGAUGAGACCACAUCCUGGAGACAAGGGCCGUUGCAUUAACUUCACAAGAGUGAAAUCCAGCCCACCCUCCCGCUACCCAUUCUACAACCACAACCCCUCCAUUUCACUGAACUACACCCACUACCCCCCAGCCUCCCCCACCGCCACACUGCCCCCCCUGCCCAAAACUCCACCCCCCUCCUCAAUCUAUUACACACUUCCGCUAACCCGCGCCCCGCCUCAGAGCUCCCUAGAUUUCGCCAUGCCUCUGCCACCACCCUCUCCACCACCAUCAACGCCCCCUGCAUCACCUGCCCAUUUGCCCCCGCCGCCUCAGGCACCCCCGACCUGCAGGGCCCCACCCCCUGACCGGCCUCCACCACGCCCAUCACCUUAA